AAACUCCCUCAGUCGGAUUGUAGCCUGAUUUAUGUCGUGACUAAAGAUGAGUGAAAGUCCGCAAAGUGACCGCACGGACGUGCGCUAUCAGCCGCAGCCGAUCAUUGUCGGUGAUUGGAGUGACAAGCGUGGACAAGGAAAGAAGACGAGGAAGAAAGAGCGGAGCGAACGCGUGGAGCCGCCAUCUUGGAGAAGGGGCGCGCGCAGAGAAGGACGUGGUCAGACGUGGUGACCGGGCACAGCAUUCCAAGACGGCCGGAGAUCGCCUGUCUGGGUCCUGCCCCAGAUCUUAGGCGACACAUCGACGUCCCGCCUGAGUACCAGCCUCGGCGAGCAGAUGUCCGACGUCCCUGGAACCACCGCUGGCCCGGACCUACCUGCUAGGACACGUCAGCGUUGCUGCCGCUGAACGUAGACGCGCGGAGGCUGGCUACAGCCAGUCACCAUCCCGUCCGGAGAACCAAGCUGGGCUGGCGCGCACCGGGAGCGCCAGCCGGCACGAGCCCCGCUCUGCCGGAGCGCGACAGCGCCUCAGGGACCGUGCCGUCGUCACGUCGGCUGGGGCAUCGGUGACGCCGGACACUGACAACGACGGACGACGACCAGAUCGCAUCGACAGACCACAGACCGGGGGACGCCGAUACUCGCGUCGAACAGUACCGCGAUGAAGUUUCCGAAGUGGUACAUAGUUCCCGAAGGGCAUUUUUGCUCAACGUGGGUCGAACGUGCAACGUGAGCCUCGGUAACCUGGGAAUGGGUCUCAUAGUUGCUCUCAGUGGGGUGGCGCUGCUUGAUCUUGGAGAAAUAUACGACAGCAGCAUAUCAGCCAUUUCUCAAAUGAUCACGACGCGGUGUGUCGGAGGCCUGCUUGGAUCUCUCAUAGGGGGCAAGCUGUACGACAAGUACAACACGCAGGUGAUAUCGAUCAUCAUGAUGUCCUUAACCUGCUUCACUGUGCUCAUGAUUCCGAUCAGCGGGUACCUCGCGUUGGCGCAUGUCAUGGUCUUCUUCGAAGGACUCAGCCUGGGUGCAUUUGGCACAGGUGCGACCGUAUGGAUCAUGAAGAUGUGGCCCCGAAACUCGAGCCCCGCCCUGCAAACUUUUCACCUAGCCUUCGGCGUCGGCUGUCUCCUGGCGCCUCUCGUUGCGAGACCUUUUCUGUCUACGCCAAGCAACGGCUCUGACAAUUCGACGAUACCGAGCAUGAACGUAACCUCGAACGACACCGACGUUGCGCCAAUCGGUAUUGUGGAAAGUGUGAACGAAACAGUGGCUGACGACGGCCGCAGCAAAAUUCACUACGCCUUUGCAAUAGCCAGCGGCUUCCAACUAUUCCUAGUAACUUCCAUGGUUGUGCUCUACUGUAUCGACGGCGCAAGCUUCAAGACACAUAGGACAAACGUCACGGAUGACGCGCCUUCUGGUUUGCGAGAAUCGGCCGGUAGCAGACGCUUCUCCCGCAUAGCGCUUGCAAUGCUGUGCGCCUACGGGUGCGUGUACGUAGCCAUCGAGGUCACGACGUCACAGAUGUUGCCAACGUUCGCCGUGAAAUGUGACUUGCACUUCUCAAAGCCACUGGCGUCGCAGCUGGUGGCCGUUUACUUUUUCUGCUUCGCCGCCAGUCGUCUUACCGCCGCGAUAGUAACAAUCAAGGUGUCGGCCUUCCAUGUCCUGGUUGUCUCGCACGUCGUCUUGGUCGUCACGGCUACUGUGUUGGUGGGAUGGGGCUCCAGCAACGCCAUCGCACUGUGGACCGCAAGCGCCCUUGCGGGCAUUGCUCAGGGCCCCUUAAAUGCAGCGAUGACGGCGUGGGUUGCGACGCAUAUCGACAUCAGCAACAAGAUGAUGUCGCUCGUGGUGGUUACGGCGGGCAUUGGCUCUCUCUCACCGCCGCUCCUCGUGGGGCAGUUCAUGGACACCAGCCCGAACAUAUUCUUGUACGUGUGCUUUGGGGCAGUGAUGUUAGCUGUAGCUAUAUUUAUUGGUACGCGCCUAUAUCUAAGAAAGAAGCCCAUGGCGAACACGAGGGGGGGUCUUGUCGUGAACGUCGAUGACGACAACCCCGAUGAUGGGGCACUUUCCGUUUAAAAGCUGUUUGUGUUCUGGACUGCAGCGAAGACUCUCUUCUUCUUAAAUAAGGUAAUAAAGGAUACUGGAACUA